UGGUUUAGGGCCAAGAGCCGAGCGGUCCCCGCGGCCCGGGCCACCCCUGUCCUUUCCAGCGGGGAAUCCGCUGACGCAGCGAGUUGGCCGGCUGGUGCCCUGCCGGGGAUGGAACGAGGACAUGCGGGGAGAGCCGGGGUGCGGAGGAAACGCUGUGUCAUCCCCUGGGGCCGCGGGCUGUAGCGAGAGUCCCCGUUCCCGGCAGCCCGCCUCAGCCCCCUCCUCCCGUGCGACCUCCGAGGCGGGUCUCUGGCGCCCGGGCCCUGGCGCGGCCGAGAGCUUGCCUCUGUCCGACCCUGUCGGUCUCUUCGGAGCACGGUGACAGUGGCCCUUUUACUCGGGGACCCCCGACACGGCCACGCAGACGGGGAUCGAACCUACAGCCCGGACGUGAGGCCGGGGCUGAAGGCUUGGAGGGGCCAUUCCCACGUCUCGGGCCGCCUCGUACCCUCGGUCCUCCACUGCCUCCAGCGCCGAGGAAGUGGACUUUAUUAGGAAAAGGGCAAAGAGGCUCUGCUGAAGCGAACCGGGCCUUCCUUGGUGGGCGGCGGGGGGGCAGCGGAGGCAGACAGAAGUUUGCAGGAAGAAAGGAAAUUGUGCAAAGGUGACAAGAUUGUUUUGGGCUGGGGGUGGAUCUUUACCUUGUUCGCCUUACACCUCCCAGCUCAGCUAUUGGCACACAGUGAUCAGAAAGUCCAGAAACAGAGCAAAUAUCCGUGAUAUCAUCAAGGACAUCUUCAGUCUGUAAAGAAAAGAACUCACAUGAAAGUAUUCACUUUCCAGAUUGCACUGUUGCCUGCUGUGUUUACACAUACGUCCUUCUACGGUCGCUUCAGGCACUUCUUGGACAUCAUCGAUCCUCGUACACUCUUUGUCACUGAGAGACGUCUCAGAGAGGCUGUGCAGCUGCUGGAGGACUACAAGCAUGGGACCCUGCGCCCAGGCGUCACCAAUGAACAGCUCUGGAGUGCACAGAAAAUCAAGCAGGCUAUUCUACACCCAGAUACCAAUGAGAAGAUCUUCAUGCCCUUCAGAAUGUCAGGUUACAUUCCUUUUGGAACGCCAAUUGUAGUGGGUCUUCUCUUGCCCAACCAGACGCUGGCAUCCACUGUCUUCUGGCAGUGGCUGAACCAGAGCCAUAAUGCUUGUGUCAACUAUGCAAACCGCAAUGCCACCAAGCCUUCUCCUGCGUCCAAGUUCAUCCAGGGCUACCUGGGAGCUGUCAUUAGUGCCGUCUCCAUCGCUGUGGGCCUUAAUGUCCUGGUUCAGAAAGCCAACAAGUUCACCCCGGCCACCCGCCUUCUUGUCCAGAGAUUUGUGCCAUUCCCCGCCGUAGCCAGUGCCAACAUCUGCAACGUGGUCCUGAUGCGGUAUGGGGAGCUGGAGGAAGGCAUUGAUGUCCUGGAUGGCGAUGGCAACCUCGUGGGCUCCUCCAAGAUUGCAGCCAGACACGCCCUGCUGGAGACGGCGCUGACGCGAGUGGUCCUUCCCAUGCCCAUCCUGGUGCUCCCCCCGAUCGUCAUGUCCAUGCUGGAGAAGACAGCUCUCCUGCAGGCACGGCCCCGGCUCCUCCUCCCCGUGCAAAGCCUUGUGUGCCUGGCGGCCUUCGGCCUGGCCCUGCCGCUGGCCAUCAGCCUCUUCCCGCAGAUGUCAGAGAUCGAGACAUCCCAGUUAGAGCCUGAGAUUGCCCGGGCCACGAGUAGUCGGACAGUGGUGUACAACAAGGGACUGUGAGUGGUGGCCAGCCGGCCUGGGGCCAGAGUGCCAUCCAGGCCGGGGGGUUGGGGGUAGAUCGGGGGUGGGGUCGGAGACUCUGGGACUGCACCUGCAGGGAAGGGGGCAAGCUCACCCCACCAGUCCUGAGCCACCUGGGGGAGCACUGGAUCCCCGCAGAGGUAGGGAGACUAAUCUAUUUACAUGUUAACACAUUGGAGAGGAAUUCUGACACAUUUCCUAUAAAAAAAAUAAUCAAGUGCAUUUCUGGGCCUUACGUGGGGUUGUCAAAACUCUACUCAGCACAAUUAUGUGUGAAGCUGAAAAUUUGUAGAGUGUCCACGGGGUAGAUUUAGGAUCCUUUUAUACUUUGGUUUUCUUUUUUCUUUUUCUUUUUUAUCAGAAUCAAGUCUGAGCCUUGGUGGCCACUGCCUGGAUGCAGCAGCUGGCCAGUGGUGGCAUAGGAGUAGGCCUGGGGGCUUGUUGGUUUGGUAGUGGGGCUGGUAGAUAGAUGCAAGAUACUCUGGUGGCCAUGCCCAAGGCUCCCUGGGCUGGGCUGGGCUGGGCUAGGCUGGGCUGGGGAGGGGAGGCAGUCUGCACCUCACAGGAUGAACCAGUAUGACCGAGGUCCUCAGGAGGUGGCCCAGGGAGUCAGGGGCACUGGAGGCCUCUGAAAGAUUUUGUGGGCAGUUGGCUGUGAGUGUGGGUGGCCCUCAUCCACGCCACAACCUGCAGAACCAAUCCCUCUGCAUGAAGCCCAGUGCCAGGGGCUGGGCCACUCUUCAUAGAACCCUGCUGAUCCAUUUGAGGCCUCUGAAAUGACCCCAGCUCCAGGCAAGAAGCCCCAAGAAGGAAGGAUGUUUGGCUGGAACUGUGGGCCUGCCCUUCGACCUCUGUGGAAAGAUCCUCCUUGUAGUCACCAAGCUGGAAGCUGGACUGAGUGGGGGUGGGAGGCUGGCGCUGGAGCCUGGCUGACUGCCAUCUGGGGGGUGGGGAGGUCUCUCCAGCCCCCACCCCCAGGCUGCCUACCCCCUUCCCCCGCUUCCUGAAUGGGAGGGUCUUCUGCCUGAGGAUGGAGGCCAGGUUUCUAAGCACCUGAGAGUCAGCCUCAAGCCAGUGAUCACAUGCCCGUGGUUGUGACACGAAUGGGCUGCAUGACCUUGGAGAAGUCUGCUCCCCUCUCUCAGCCUCUACUCCCUGGCCAGAACCAGAGGACUGGAUCAAGGGGUUCCCACUGGCUCUUCCAGCUGGACUUCAUCUUUGCCUGUUCCGCUCAGAUGCUGGUCAUCCCAGGCACAUCCCCAAUGUGGACACUGGACUGGGAAAGGGGAAGGCCCCUUUGGGAAUGGCCAGCAGUUGGCCUCAGAACCUGGACCUUCACUUUCUGUAUGUGAGCCCACAUCCCGGGCAUACUUGACCUCUGCCAAACACUUUUCGGUUCUGAAUGGGGAGCUAGCGUGGGUGGCUGCGCCUACGUGUGGCUCCAAACCCAUGUGCCGCCUCUCCCCCUGCACUGGCCCCCUUGCUGCUGUCUCCUUCCACUGGUGGGCCAAGAAGAGGAGAGGUCUGCUGGGGCUCUGCAGAAGGAAGCAGGGACGAGGUGGGGGUGGAUGGGGCAAACAAAGAGGAAGUGUGGGCCUCAUCAGACCCCUCACCUGACCCCAACUGGAACGGAGCCCUCAACAUGGCAGCCCCGGGUGACUCCACCUGGGGAAAGACGUGGCUGGCAGUGAACACCGGCAGGAAAAUCUAGUGUGGGGCUUGUGGAUGGGCUGCUCUUACCAUCCUCAGUGCAGGGGUGACACCAGGUGUCCCCUCAGAAGCCCUUGCUGCCCUCACUCCUAGCCAGCAUGCUCUUUCUGCAGGAUGCUGCCCUGAAGGACACCCCCCCACUGUCUUGAUGAGCAGCAUCCCCUCCCCACCCCCCCCACACCCUCAGCCAAUCAGGAAAGGGUAAAAGCAGAACCAGUAGGGAGAACAAAACAGAAGAGGGAAAGGUUGCCACCAUGUCAGAGGGACAAGUAUUUUUGAGCUAAUCCUGCCAUGAUAUGACUGGGCCAGCAACAGCCUGGGCAUGUCUGGGUCCCCUUUUGAAAAGCUCUCUUCUAGCUCACUCUGCCUCACCUCUCAGUGUCCUGUUCUUGUGCACUUCACUUUGAGACCACAAAUGCUCACCCCAGCCCCACUCCCACCCCCUCUGGAGGUCU